CUUGCGGCCGCUCAACGAACCUCGGCUCCAUGCUCUAUCAAUAAAUUCUCACGCUGUGCCGCGAGGUGGGGGGAAUCCGUAAAUACCGAAAAAACUGUGUGAUUUCAAUUCGGUCGAUUCUGAUCAUUGUCUUUUCCUAUGACAAAUUAAUGAAAGGGGUCGUUGUUACGAGGAACGUAAUUGUUCUCAAUUCGCGAUUUAAGUCUGUAAAUUGAAUAUUUGGGUGAAACUCGUAGUGAUCAAUUCGUUUCCAUUAGCUGGGAAUAUCAGCUGGUGUCUCGCCAAUUGCAUGCAAUGAUGCACAUGGUAUGCGUGUACAUUGUCCACGUACGUCAGUGUGUACAUAUAAUCGCGCAAGGUGAAGCAGUGAGUCACAGUGGUUUUGGAAGCGUAAUUAAUGGACGACGUUGACACUGUCUCGUCGAGGUUUGCAGCACAUGCGACACACUGCAUACAUAUAUAAAUACAUUAAACUUGCGACAGAAGCAGUCAUAUAUAUAGGUAUAUCACAAUGGAUACUCUCCAGGGUCGCUUUCGACACGAUUCAAUGUUAUGCCUAAGCUGUCGUCAAAGCAGAGAAACGAUUGGCAGGCGGUUAAAUUUAUCAGAGUACAAAAUUGAGGGAGACAUUUCGCGCCUGGACUGCACAACCUGUGGCAAGUUUAUCGCGAUCAAGACCGUGGAUGAUGUAAUUAAUCUCGACGGUGUUAUUGACAGCGAUUGCGAUGAUACUUGGUUGGAGGCUAAAACACGAAAGGAAAAAAUCGUCUACUACGCAUUGUCUCAGAUUAUUUACUUAGAGCGUGAUUCACCAAAGGAAGAAAAAUAUGAAUCGGUCUUUGCUUAUGCUGACGAAUCUGACUUAGUUAUGCUUAGAUGGAAAAACGGUACGGCGAUCGGAUUUUUUACGCUCAAGCAAAAAGGUACUAAAAUAUUCCCUGAAAGUGAAGUGGAGUACGCGAUGCCAGUGCUAGAUACGGCCUACAUACGUUCAGAAUGUAGAGGUAAUGGAAUCGGCACUGAAAUCAUAACUAAAAUAACGCAAAUGUUUCCAAACGAAGACAUUGGCUUUUCACGUCCGAUAUCGGAUGGAAUGUCUAAAGUCUUGGCGAGAUUUUUGACGAAAAGCAAAGAAUUUCGUUUGAAAUUUUGGGAAAUUGUAGACGGCGGUAACGAGGGAAACAAAAAAUUGGUAUGGUAUGGGUUGCAAAAUAAAAGAAAAAGUUAAUUAUAUCGAUUUUA